AUGAAGCUCGUCGUCUUGCUGGCUUCGGUUGUGGCGGCGCAGGGGCAAACGCCAAUCCGCCCAAGCUAUGACAGCGCAAAAGCCAACGCCAACCACAUCUUCAACGCCAUCCAUUCUACCGGCCGUCAAUGGGGAUCGUCGCUGAAUCAUAACGGCUUCGGCUUCAUUCCCGUUGUUGUGCCGGCCGGGAUCUCGCUGUAUCAUGGAGGCUACUUCGAACAGCCUCCAGAAGGCCCCGAGUGGCUAGCUUUUGAAGUUGAACAUGCAGAAAACUUUGCCCGAGUACCAAAAGGGGGCCCUCGAGGCUGUCGUCCUUGUCGCGAUGAGCAGCUCCAUUCGUUAUCCUCUGAACAAAAACCCCUUGAUCAAGCAGGAAUUGAUGGCUGUGACUGUGAGGUUGAAGGAAGAGUAAGAGGGUAUCUACAGACCUAUCAGACAACACGCAAUGUACAGCUUCUCUAUCUGGAUGGCACAUCGGCAGGCAAGAGCCCUGUUGGGACGCUAGAUUCACAAGACGAAGUCCUUUGUCAAAGCAAUAGCUCGCGCUGGGAUGACAUGGGGGGCGAAAUGUAUCGCGCAAAAGCACUUUGCGAUCUCAUCACCGAAUGGGGAUGGGACGGGAUUAUGCGCAUGGAGAUUGGCUUCGAGGUCAUAUACUGCAAUUUCAGCUCCGGUUUGAACCUUGAUUCUUCGAUCCGGACACUUGUCCCAGAGGACAGAUUGGAAGAUGACUUCUCCUUGAUACCCUACUUGUGGUCAAGGGCAGCCACUGAGCGAUAUGACGGCCUCGGAGGCGACCGAAUUCAAAUGGACUUUUCAUCCAUGGUGUCUGGGUUCUUCUUCCCCAUCAACAUCUCUAAUACAGAUCCAGAUCGGCCGGACCUUAUCAGACUAGGAGCAGCACAGCGAGAGCAUUUGCUAGACAUCAAGAACUACAUACAGACCUUGUUCGUGGAGCCGAGAAAGUUUAUUGUCAAUUGGCAAGCAGUUGUAGACAUGAUCAUCGCUCGCUUCGGCAACAGAUUGGCAGCCAUGGCUUCGGCUAGUGUUUCAACGGAUUUAUUCAUCGGCGAGCUGGAAGGUACAGUGCUCACAUAUCUCGAAGCCCCGAGCCUCCCCGGCGAUGUCACACUGGCAGAGGACGAUGAUGGUAGAAAUAGAACUGCCGAAGCCAUUGACCGUUGCGCUUCACACUACUUGAAACCGGCACUGCUGUCGCAACAGGACUGGACUCUAUCAGACUCAUUGAUCCAUACCGCUCUCGGGACCGUUACGCAGCAUAUCUGCAGCGACCUUUAUUUCAUGCGAUCAAUUCUACUCCAGGCAUCACCAGAUGCGGCGCCUGAUGCAUACUUAAUCAAGAGAGGCGUAAAGAGCGCCGAUAUGGAGGAGGCAGUGAAUCAAACCCGCACCAUUGUACGCGACCUUAUGCAAGAUCUUGCCUGGACCACGUGGAAGAAGCCGCAGCUGUGCGUUGAGGGUCAGAUCCUACUAACCGCAAUGUGGCCACUUGGAGACAGCGUCGACCACUUCAACCCUGGCUGUGUCCCAGCCCAAGAUAUAACAGGGCGGCGAAGAAACUAUUGGACGCCUUAUGAGAAAAGACCACGCAUCGAUUGAACAAUUGCUUACUUUCGGUUAUAAGCAGCACCGAGAAAUGGAUAUGAUGAGACAUGAUAAUUCGCUUUAUAUUAUAAAGAUUUAAUGCUAUGCUAUACUAUUUCUUUAG